GAUUCUUCAUUGUUGACAUUUUUUCCCCCAUCAGCUGACAGCUCACUCGUUAGCUUUAGCUUCCGUCGGAUUAUUAUCAACACUUUUAGCACAACAGCAACACCUCAGAAUGACGUCAUCCUCCCGACAGUCAUCUGUCAGGAAGCACAGAGUGUUCAUUAUUCUGUAGAGAGAGAAGCUAACAGGCUAACAGGCUAACAUGGAGGGGGUGCUCUACAAAUGGACCAACUACAUGACAGGAUGGCAGCCUCGAUGGUUCGUGCUUCAGAAUGGAUUCAUCUCGUACUACGACAGCGAGGACGACGUUGGAAAAGGAAGCAAAGGAUCCAUCAAGAUGUCCGUGUGUGAGAUUAAAGUCCACCUGUCAGACGCCACCCGUCUGGACCUCCUGGUCCCCGGCGAGCAGCACUUCUACGUGCGGGCGGUGAACGCAGCGGAGCGGCAAUGCUGGCUCCUGGCUCUAGGGUCCUCUAAGGCGGGGACUCUGGACAAACACAAAGGUCCAGACUGUCUGAAGACGAAGAUGUCUGAACUUCGUCUGUACUGCGACCUCCUCGUCCAGCAGGUCCAAACCAUCCAAUCACAGCACAGCGCCGACACGGAGGACCCGCCCACUUCUGAGGCGUCCCUGCUCAGUGCGACCUGUACGACCUUCAUCAGGACUCUGGAGGACUGCAUGACGCUGGCCAAUCAGAGUCUGACCCCUGACCUCCGACCUGAGACGACAAAAAUGCAGAGGUCCAUCAGCCACCCGGGGACAUACAGCUUCGACCGGUCAGGAGUGUUGAAGGAGUAUCUGGGCGGAGGUCAGAGGUCGCAGCGCAGGAACCGGACCUGCUCCGACAGCUCGCUGUACGACGCUGAGCGUGUGAACGGUGACUCGUCCUCCAUCCCCGAGGAGAGAGGGAGCAGCGCCAAGACGACGCCCACCGACACAGACACUGACCUGUCCAUCUGAACACACACACACACGCACACACACACACACACACACACACACACACACACACACACACACACACACAC